AUGUCGAGCUCGACGGUGGAAGCUCCUAAACCCUCCGCACUCACCACCCUCAUCUCCACAACCAGCAAAAACGAAUCUUCAGACCCCCUCUACGCACUCACAACUCAGGUAUACCACAACCUUCAACACCAACACCUCUGGACAUCUCUGAAGAUCCACAACCCUUUAGACGAUACAUCACUGCCCGGUCUACCAGUUCCAUUGAUCUCCGGCAUCCCGCCGCAGCGCAUGUACACACAUCCCGACGAACAGCUCUAUCUCCUACAAAUAGGUCUUCGGGAAGAAGAUCUCCCCUCCGAACGGCUAUGGGUGUUGCCAAGUACACAGGGACAAACAUGGACUUUGGGGAAAUUAGCGACUGUUUUUGAUGCGCUUCCAUCGAGAACUACAGAGCCCGAAAGUUCGACGAACGCUACAGAACCGAUCGGAGAAAAUGCCGACAAGGAGAAAGAAGAGAAAUUAGCCAAGUACUGUGAGAAAAAGCAAGAGGCUGAUAAAGAGAAUAAAUGGGGUGGAAAGCGCUUGCUACUCGCUGUGGUUGAUAGAUUGGUUGGCGGCGAUGGGACGAUGGUCUAUUAUGUUGUUCAGGAUGGACAUGUGAAGCCUCGUCAGAAUUGA